GGGGCGGGGACGGUGCCCGCCGCCGUGCUGCGCCCUGCCGUCCGCCGCGCCGCCUCCCGCCUUCCCGCUCGCGUCGACGCGCCAUGCACGGCUCGGGUUCGCCCUGCCCGGAGAUGGGAGAUGCGGCCGCGGUUGACAUUGUGGAUAUCUAUGAGUCCAUCCGGGAGCGGCAGCGCCACGACAGCGAGCGUUCCACCUGCAGCACCUUGGAGCAGAAUGACAUCGAAGCCGUUGAGGCACUUGUUUGUAUGAGCUCCUGGGGGCAAAGAUUGCAGAAAGGUGACAUAUUAAAGAUAAGGCCUCUCACGCCCUUCUCGGAUUCUGGAGAUUUCACAAUGCACGCUGAGGCUACUUCUGAAUUACCAAAGGAUUAUUUAUCUACGCUGUGCAUGACCCCCCCGCACAGCCCCGACCUUGUGGAGAUGUCUGCCGCCGUGCUGCUCCCCUCGCAGGUCACUUACUCCAAGCCCAGGACCGUCAUGGCAAGCACGGCUGCCUGCUUGGUCACAUCCACUACCGACUCGACUCCCGCGGCCAAGCCAUCCAUCCUGAGCGUGGAGAGGCAGUGUGAGCAGAGGGCGGCCCUUGCGGAGGCCUCUGCCCCUCAGCCUUGCCGGGCCAUGGCGACGAGCGUCAUACGGCACACGGGUGACAGCUCUGCUUACCACCAGGGUCCUGCUGCGCGAGAGAAAGCAAAGGCAGCUUCGGGCUGCGGCACUUCUGGAGGCCGGAGUGGAGCAGAGGACCGAAGACAUUCCAGCCUGCCGCAGGACACGUGUGCUGCCGAUGCUUUAGUUAACAAAGCCUCUCCGGUACGCCAGCCGUGUGCUGGUGACCGCAGUGAUGUUGUGCCCAGCCAGGGACAGCUUCCUGUCCGACCUGUAUCUCCACAGACCCACUUACCAAAGAGUUGCGAGGACGACUUGCAAAAAAGAGCUACCCCAGUGCCACCCGUCCCCGUGUCAAGCCCCCAGGUUCUGUGUCAAAUGAUCCCUUUGAAUGGCCAGAGCGGUGUGAUUAAUGCCUACGUCAAGCCUUCAGCUCCAACCGUCUCAGCUCCGAUGAAACCCAUUUUACCGCAGACAGCUCCGCUCUCUCAGCCUGUGCUCGUGGGAUCUUCCGUGCCUCAGGGGGCCGUCAUGUUGGUGCUUCCACAGACUGCUGUCGCGCCGACGCCGCAGUGCCCACAAACAGUAAUGACUGUUGGGAACACCAAGCUGCUGCCCCUUGCUCCUGCCCCCGUGUUCAUCGCUUCUGGUCAAAGCUGCGCCCCCCAGAUGGACUUCUCGAGACGGAGGAAUUAUGUUUGCACCUUCCCCGGGUGCAAGAAAACCUAUUUCAAGAGCUCCCACCUCAAAGCCCACCUUCGUACCCACACUGGAGAAAAGCCCUUCAGCUGCAACUGGGAAGGCUGCGACAAGAAGUUUGCCCGCUCAGAUGAACUGUCACGCCACCGCAGAACUCACACGGGAGAGAAGAAGUUUGCCUGCCCCGUGUGUGAGCGUCGCUUCAUGCGCAGCGAUCACUUGACGAAGCACACGCGGCGCCACAUGGCCACCAAGAAGAUCCCCAGCUGGCAGACAGAGGUGGGCAAACUGAACAGAAUUGCCACAGCGGAGAAACCGAAAAGCAGCAGUGCUCUGAGUAUGCUCAUCCCCGUGCCACCGUCUGUCUGUCAGGGCUAGUGGGACAAGGCACCUUCUCUGAAACUGUCUGUAAACCGUGAAGAGCUCUGCUGGCUACAACAGGACUGACAGCAUGCCCCUCUUCACCCCUCGGCGUGUUUGUUUGUACAUACUUCAGUUCCCUUCAUUUUAGGUCUUCUGUUAAUAAUGCUAGGUGAGAAAUCUAUCCUGUUUCCUCAUCCUAUUUGUUUGUUCAAUAUUUGGGCAGAUGCAAUCACCAGCACUUCAGGAAAGCGGGACUCUUUUGAAAUGAUGUUGGCAAUAGGUUUAAACGAGUCAUUGCUUGCUGUUAAUAUUUUGAUGGACAGUGAAACAGGGUGAUUUUUAAUUUUUUAUACUAGUGUUUUCUAUACCAAAUAUAUUUUGUAUUUAUUCCUUUGGAUCUUCGUAUGCAGGCUUACUUGACCUGCGUUAGUAGAGGUGUGCAGGAUGAAACCCAGGGCUUUGGAAACUACUUUCCUGUGAGCCUAAGCAAAUGCAUUCAGAGCAUUCUGUAUGUAAUGUUUGAAAAUUUGGUGUUUGGGAUUUUCACACUUCUGGGUUCUGAUCCUCCAACAGACUGGUGCUGUUAGAGCCUCCUUGUGCAGGUGACAUUGGAGGUUGGAGAGUCUGAGGUCUAAGCCUGUCAUUGUUCAUAAACAAAACAAAAGCCAGCUAAAAACCAACCCAACAAAACCAUCCUAGAAUGACUUUCAGAAAAGAAGUGUUGAAAUCCUCAGCACCCCAUCAGUUCAUAUUCUUUGCAAGUGGAAGCUGUUGUGACUUUUAGUAAAGCUUGACACACUGGGUGUUCCUGGGUCCCCACUCUGCCUGAGCAGAGCACUGGGAGCCAGGCUGCUCUGCUGGAUGUAGAAGCACAAACACUGUUCAGAAGCUUUGACACUAGAAACGAUGCUUUACUUUCAGCCCUACUAAAUCAGCGUAUUAAAGUCUACUGAAAAAUCGCAAAAAUGGCAAGAUAACCUGUGAGUGAUUAGCUGGGUCUCUGUUUGCAUAUAUAUUUUUUUUAAUACAGCAGAAAUAUAAAAUUAAGUUUACGCAUUGUGGAUGCUUAUGCACCUUAUAGAAAAUUGUUCCAGACUUUUGAUGACCUGUAUCAAAGCACCAGGAGAAAUGCUAGUCAUGUCUUAACAAACAGCCACCUUUGUCAACGCAAGGAUGCUCUUCACGUGGCCUUAUACUUCUCCACAGUACUUUGUAUCGCAUCACCCUUUUCUAUUAAACGAGAUACUCUCCCCGUUGGUUGGAUUUUCUUUCACACCCCAUGUAAAUGUGACUGAGGAGUGGAACGGCUGGCUGCAGGGCACUGUGCUGUGCUGGCCUGCUGUGAGCAAUGAGAUGCAACACCCCUCCUGUGGCCAGUUUGUACAGGAGGGUACCUGUGUGCUGUGUGCUGAGAAGUGCCAGCUGCUGUUUCGCUGGCUGAAGCUCACCUGUUGUGAAGUAUUUCUAUAGUGUUCACCCUCCAGGGCUCCUAUCUUCAACCAUUCCUAUACUGAGCUCAUUUGAGUGCUGGAGAGCACUUUUUUUAAUUUAUUUUUUACCUGGAUGUGAAAAUGCAGGUACAUAGGAAUGCGCUGCAUCCUGCACGGCUUUGUUCUAAACACGUGGUCUUGUUUCUCAGCAUGGGCAAAGUGCUGCUCUCAUUUAAGCAGACUUGCUGAUCUCAGCACUCCCCUGAAAUCAGCAGAGGCCUUUUUCAGUUGAAAGCUGAAUCUGUCAUUAUUUUUACACUUCGCUCUAUAGUUAUAAUUACUGGUAACAAGCUUCCAGCCUGCACAAGAGCGUUGUGCUGGGUGUAUUGAAGUGCUGUGCCUCACCUUUAAAACGCCCACACCCUGCUUGUGUGCUGCACCAUCAUCCCACGGGCAGCACACAUGUUGGGGAGUGUGUGCACAUGCAGCUUUGUGCUUCCCCCUUGUAGUGAAUGUUUGCACUUUGUGUGGUGUAGAAAGAAAGACUUUGCUCUGUUUUGCUCAGAAGUUCCCUAGAUUAGGAAGUUUGACUUUUGGUUGCCACUGUAACACACUUAUAACCUGGGAGAAGGUUGGCCUGUCUCAGUCUGCCGGCCCAUUUAGUCCUGAGCAAAGCCAUCUGGGGACUCACAUCUCCCUCCCUCUUAGUUUUUUUGUGGCCAGUGGUGAUUCCUGCAGCUCCUGGGAGGUGUGGAAGCCCAUGUGUGGCCUCCCACCUCCUGCGUCCUGUGAGUGUUCCCAAACAGCUGGGCCAUGCUGUGGCUGCUGGCUCUGUUUGCUCUGCUCCUUCCUGCUGUAUAAGCGUUAUUUAUGGAUUACACGUGAUGGGGGGCACUGCUCUCACUCACUGCCUGAAUGACACCCUCCAGUCUCUUCGAGUCUGCAUUUUAAAGAAGUGGAAUUCUGGUUUUGUAUCUGUUUUUUAGCUUCUACUGAAGGAAUUGUGUGACGUGACUGUUUUUAAAUCAUUAAAAGGUGUGAAUUUUCAGAUUUCCUAUAAAUAUCUGCUCCAGAACUAUGUAAAAAAAAAUAAUAUGGAUUAUGUUAUCUAUUAAGCCAGUGGAAGACUCACUGGUUUACCUACCAUCAAAUGAAAGACCUUUUUGGUUCUUCUGUAUUUACGUGUACAUCAUCACCGUGGUGUGGGGUUUCCGCAUGCUGCCUGAAAACAGGAGUCUCGGGGCUCAGAACUGUGUUCUCCUAGCAUGGCUUCUAGAAGCAGCAUGAAAGGUGCAAAUAAA